GGGGAGGCAGAGGGGCUUCGCUAGCAGACGCAGAGGCGAGGCCGCCAGUCGAGGACGAGGAGGAGAUAACAUCAAGAUGCCGAAGACUGAGGAAACUGUGCUCCAGAAUGAUCCCAGUGUAGCAGAGAAUGGGGCCCCUGAGCCUAAAACACCAGGGCAGAGCCAGAAAAGCAAGAGUUUCUGUUUAGAUGACCAGUCUCCUGACCUGAUGUCUUUUCUGUCACAGAUCUGAUAGAGACAGUUAAUGAAGUUUCCAAGCUGAGCAUUUCACAUGAAAUUGUAGUAAACCAAGAUUUCUAUGUGGAAGAGACCAUUUUGCCUCCAAACAGGUAAAAGAGCAAUCUGCUCAUUUAACCCUUCUUAUAGUGUAGAAGGCAGGUUUGCGGAGGCAAUGUACAAUGCUUUUUGGAACCAUCUGAAAGAACAGCUAUUGAGUACUCCUCCUGACUUCACUUGUGCCCUUGAACUUCUAAAAGAUGUUAAGGAGACCUUGCUAUCACUGCUAUUACCAUGGCAGAACCGCCUAAGAAAUGAGAUAGAAGAAGCUCUGGACACAGAUCUCCUCAAGCAGGAAGCAGAACAUGGGGCCCUGGAUGUCCCUCAUCUUUCUAACUACAUUCUCAAUUUGAUGGCUCUGCUAUGUGCACCGGUUCGAGAUGAAGCGAUACAGAAACUAGAGACCAUAAGAGAUCCAGUGCAGUUACUGAGGGGCAUCUUCCGUGUUCUGGGCCUAAUGAAAAUGGACAUGGUGAACUAUACCAUCCAGAGCUUUCGACCCUACCUGCAGGAACAUUCCAUCCAGUAUGAACAAGCUAAAUUCCAGGAACUCCUUGAUAAACAGCCCAAUCUCCUCGAUUAUACCACAAAAUGGCUAACCAAAGCAGCCACAGACAUCACUACACUAUGUCUGAGUUCUCCUGACUCACCUAGCUCCUCCUGCAGCAUGGCGUGUUCACUUCCAAGCGGGGCAGGUAACAAUUCAGAGCCCCCCAGUCCAACAAUGGUGCUAUACCAAGGCUACCUCAACCUCCUCCUCUGGGAUCUUGAAAACGUAGAAUUCCCAGAGACUCUGCUGAUGGACAGAAUCCGGCUCCAGGAACUGGCAUUCCAGUUGCACCAGUUAACUGUCCUGGCCUCAGUCUUGCUAGUGGCCAGAAGCUUCUCUGGUGAAGUUUUAUUCAGAUCACCUGAAUUUGUGGAUAGACUGAAAUGCAUCACCAAGGCCCUAACUGAGGAAUUUAUCUCCAGGCCUGAAGAGACUAUGCUGAGUGUGAGUGAACAGGUGUCUCAGGAAGUCCAUCAAGGCCUUAAGGACAUGGGCCUCACUACUCUGAGCACUGAAAACACCGCAUCUCUUCUAGGCCAACUCCAGAACAUCACCAAGAAAGAGAACUGCAUUCGUAGCAUUGUUGGAGUCUCUGCUACACUUUCCUGGAGGCCUCAUUCUCAUUGAAAAGGAGUUGGCAGAACUGGGCUGGAAGUUUCUCAAUCUGAUGCAUCAUAAUCAGCAGGUAUUUGGCCCAUACUAUGCUGAGAUCCUAAAACACAUCAUCCAUCCAGCUCAAGCACAAGAAACAGAUGUGGAGCCUAACUGAUAGUGCUGGACCCCAGCUAUGGCAACAGGGACUCAGGAGAGAGAGGUCAGCAUGUUUCUGGGAGGACAUCACCUGUGGUUAGUCGAACAGUCAGCCCUCUUCCUCGCUAUAGCCAGGACACAGGGAUGCAGGGGUCAAGCAUGUAAGCACCAACUGGCCCAAUCCCCUUCACUAAUAAACCUCUGAGCUGCAAGAAAAUUUCAGUUCCUCCUGUGUUCUAGCUGAAGUCAGGUUCUGCAGCCUCAUCCCCUAACUAGCUGAGUGAGAAUCCAGUGGGCCCUCUGUUUUCCCUUCAUUGGCUGAUCAUUCUUCAGUAUGCUUGCCUGAGCCGAAUCUGGGCAUCAGGUACUGAUAAGGGAAAAUCCUGGGACUGUAUAGAAUAAUGCCCCCUGAAAACUGGGAAGGAGCUAAGAGACCAAAGAAUGACCCGGACAAGUCCGGCUUGAUAAGCAGAUGAAUUUCUUGGGACUUACGUAUAGGGCAUUCCUGGGUGGCAGCAGGACAACUCUGGGGAUCUGCCCUGACACUCCUCUGCAAGCUGCUUUUAAGCUAAUUUUCUGGCUCUUUGCCUUCUGUAUGCAAUGAGACUCUUUCUCUCGGUAUGUUUCCCAGUACACUCUGGGAUGUUUUGGUUCUCACAGACACCUCGGCUCCUAAGCUGGGCACCAUGCAUGGCCUUAGACCACCACCUGGCCUUCAGGGUUCAGGCAGCAGACGUACAGCUUUAAGUAAUCUGGUGGGGGAGGGGGGAACUCAUUAACCUACAGUCACUAGCAUUAUUUUCUCCAUUGAAAAAUCAUUUCCUUGAGGGCUUUGAAAACUCUUUGUGAGAUUAUCCAGAGAAUGACUAUAAGGGCUUCUGGAAGUCAGAAAUUCACUGAAUUGCAGAUGAAGAGAAGACAUAGAACUCCAUUUCUAGCACCACAUUUCCCUGUAGUUUUCAAGGAUACAGCAAUAGCAAGAGUUGCGAACUCCCGUUCUAGUGUCUGGUUUGAAGCAGUAUGAAAACUGGGGAUUGGUUGAAAGUUGAUAUGGUGAAUAUCAACUUUGUGCCAACAAGCAUUCAGCUAAGGACAGGUCUCAGCUUCCAUGGGAUUUCUUUCUUUUAAGUGAUUCUAGGGGUCAGGCUUGGAAUCUCUGAUAAUGACAGUAAACCGAAGCAAUUAGGUCAGUGAGUAUCAUAUCAAGUUCACCCCGAUCCUAUUUCUACAGCUGAAUUAAUCUUAUCUGGCCACAUCUCUAGGCUUAGAACAUCUCCUUCUUCUUGACAGAAUCGAUGUGCGUAUUCAAGCGUGGGGCAGCUGCCAUGCUUUUUCCCACUCCUAGUCUGGGACUCCAACUGCCAAGUUAUGAAUAUCAGCUGACUUGGCAACACAAAUGAUAGAUGUUCUUGGUCCACAAGGACUUGGGCUUGUUGUUAGAGACUGCAGAGGUUCGUCCCAUCAUUCCCAGGCCAACUGCAGCAGACAAGCAGCAAUCUAGAAAAUUAGGAAAAAAUUUAGGUUUGGAUUUGGACUAGGUUUGGAUUCAGAAUGGACAGGGGACAAUAGAAACUUACUUAUGGGAUAGACCCAAACUGGUUGAAAAAAAUCAUGUCCUCAUUAUUUCGGCGGAUGGAAGGAGCUGAGUACAAUUUACUCAGCCCAAGAAAAACAACAGAUGAGAUUGGAGUUCCAUUACUCCCCGGGGAACCACGUGAUUGAUUUCCCUAGAGGGUGGAUACCAGAUGGGUGACAUAGCUGGGUAAACAGAGUGCUACUUUUACUUUGGCUGGAGAUGAGGCACACAGAAAAGCUGUGGAAUGGAUCAUUCAAGUGUUCUAAUCUUGUGACUAGAUAGUCUCAGGACAGAGACCAUGGCAGAUGAAUGUUUUAUAAUUAAUAAAUAGGCAGUGAGCCUGGCCUAGUUAAAUUUUCUAAUGUGAUUAGACAAUACGAAUACAAUUUUUUUAAAAAAUAUUAAUUUUGGGAGCCAGAUUAUCUUACAGACAAGUGUGUUCUGAAGUGAUCCCUGUGAAGAUGACUGAGUAGUUGACGGAUACUGACUUUGGGCUGCAAUGAAACUUUGCUUUAUACUUUAUAAUUAAAAUCUGACUUGUGUUGA